CAUCUUGGCCCCUCCAGCUCUGACGAAUCAUCUUCAUCCGUUUGGCCGCUUCAUUUACCUCCCCGCUUCCGUGCUGCCUGCUGGCCGCCGGCCGAAGCGACAACCGAGGCCGCCGAUUAGCUGACUCCCGUCUCGCCGUCAGAGGGUCUCACUCUCACACGAACACACGAGCAUCGAAGUCGAACCCUCUCCGGCCGCAGGAGCAGAAGACGCUUCGCUUAGUAAGGAAACCCUACCCUACUUGGACGAGCUGCUUCUCGUUUUGCUCUGCAGGAUUUUUUGUUCCCUUGACUUGACGCCUGCCCACUUCUCAACCUUUAUUUCUUGGACGGAUUUGCCGUCCAGUUUAUUGUGGAAUUUCGCCUGUGCGUGAAGGAGAGGAGUAGAGGGAAGCCGGUCUAUUUUCCAAAUUUGCUAGGGGUUCAGUUGAACUUAAGCCCCCUGGCUGACCCCAUGUUUUGUUCCGCCCCUUUCCGGCAAAUUCUCUGAAUCGGGCUAUGCUGUGCGAUUCUGGUUCGUUCCAUGUUGCCAUGUUGGGAGUCAAAUGAUGGCUGCUGUACUUUAGUUUACCAUUUUAAAUCCGGGUAAAUGCAGUGUGAGAACAGUUCCUAGUUUCCUACUUCAGAGAUUGAGAGGUUACUGCUGCACAAUUUAUAUUAGUAUCUAUGAGACUAUGAUACCUGUUUAAGAAAGUGAUUUUUGUUCUUAUUCGAAGCAAGAGGAAACUGGUUACCGUGAAAUGUAGGCAAUGUGCAGUGUGCUGUACGCCUGUACAUGGUAUUGCUUUCGUAGAUGGAUUAGGAGAAAAACAACCUGCGAGCACCCAGGUUCAAGCGAUCCCGGGUGGUUGGCCUCCUCUCAACUAGAGGCACCACUGAAAUUAUUUACAGAGAAGACUCAAACAGGUUUAGCCAAUGGGGCACAACGAGAGUAUUAUACAGGGACGACUGCUCAGGCCGACAGUGUACUGUGCAUGGUAUUGCUUCCUGGAUGGAUAAGGAGAAAACGACACUUCUGGGUUGCUUGCCCGCGACUGGAGUGCAACUCUGACAAGUAAUCUUCAGACAAUGUUACAUAGAGAGGAUGUUGCUAUCUUCUUCUCUCAUAGUUUGCUAAAACGUUGCUGGGCAUGUGUACUUGGGCAUAGAGGGAUUGUUACAUCGAGUUAGUGCUUUGGCCUCGGCUGUAGCAGAGUGCAAUGGGCAUCCCAAGGGCUUGUUCGGUUUGCUGGUUGUUCCAUGUGCUGGUUCUUGUCUGUUCCUUGUGUCAGAUAUUUUAUAUUGGAUCAGUGGUGGCACAAACUGCUCAGUUGACUGUGGAUGCUUCAUCUCAGAAUGCUCAGACAAUCCCUGGGAAUAUGUUUGGCAUCUUCUUUGAGGAAAUCAACCAUGCUGGAGCUGGUGGAUUGUGGGCGGAGCUUGUUAGCAACAGAGGUUUUGAAGCUGGUGGUUCUAAUACUCCUUCAAACAUUGACCCAUGGUUGAUCAUUGGGGAUGAAUCCAAUAUUAUUGUGGCAACAGAUCGGUCAUCCUGUUUUGCUAGUAACCCAAUUGCACUUCGGAUGGAAGUACUUUGCGGAGCUAGUGGAGCUAAUGCUUGCCCAUCAGGAGGAGUUGGAAUCUACAAUCCUGGUUACUGGGGCAUGAACAUUGAAAGAACAAAGGUUUAUAGAGUUACCAUGCACAUUAGGUCAUCAGAAUCGGUGAAGCUGACAGUUUCUUUAACAAGUUCAGAUGGUCUUCAAAAUCUAGCUUCUCAUACAAUCAUGGGAGACAAAGAAGAUUUUGCUGAGUGGACGAAGGUUGAAUUUGAUUUGCAAUCAAAUUAUACAAAUACUGAAUCAAGACUUCAGCUUACAACCACCGAAAGUGGCAUAAUUUGGUUUGAUCAAGUAUCACUUAUGCCAUCAGAUACUUAUAUGGGCCAUGGUUUUCGUAAAGAUCUUGCCUCUAUGCUGGCAAAUCUGAAGCCUCGAUUUCUAAAAUUUCCAGGUGGCAACUAUGUAAUGGGAAAUUACCUUAUAAAUGCAUUCCGCUGGAGUGAAACUGUUGGACCAUGGGAAGAGAGACCUGGCCACUUCAACGAUGCUUGGGCCUAUUGGACUGAUGAUGGACUUGGGUUUUUUGAAUUCCUCCAACUAGCAGAAGACCUUGGUGCUUGCCCAGUUUGGGUGGUAAAUGAUGGGGCCAGCAUCUAUCAAGAAGUUUCAUCAGCAACAAUAGCUGCAUUCGUAAAGGAUGUUGUUAAUGGUAUUGAGUUUGCCAGGGGAGACCCCGAGACUGCAUGGGGUUCAGUUCGUGCAGCAAUGGGACAUCCAGAGCCCUUUCAGCUUUAUUAUGUUUCAAUAGGAAAUCAAGAAUGUUCAAAGUACUACUAUAAAGAUAACUACGUGAAGUUCUAUUCUGCAAUAAAAGCAUCCUAUCCAGACAUCAAAAUCAUAUCAAGCUGUGACAGAUCUGCAAUUUCACCAGUCAACCCAGCUGAUUUGUAUGAUGUUCAUGUCUAUACUUCAUCAGGUGAUAUGUUUUCCAAAUCUAGAAUGUUUGAUAACACAGCCCGUAAUGGACCCAAGGCAAUUGUUAGUGAAUAUGCUGUGACUGGAAGUGAUGCUGGCCGAGGAACACUAAUAGCUGCUUUAGCUGAAGCUGCAUUUCUCAUUGGAUUAGAAAGGAACAGCGACAUGGUUGAGAUGGCAAGUUGUGCCCCACUCUUUGUAAAUGACAAUGAUCAAAGGUGGAACCCAGAUGCUAUUGUCUUUAAUUCAUGGCAGCACUAUGGAUGUCCAAAUUACUGGAUUCUACACUUCUUCAAAGAUUCAAGUGGCGCUGCACUUCAUCCGUCCACUAUUCAACUACCAAACUAUGAUCAAUUGGUCACAUCUGCUAUCACGUGGAAUAAUCCACAUGAUGGGAACACUUACCUGAAAAUAAAGGUUGUAAAUUUUGGAAGCAAAGCUGUUAAUCUGAAUAUAUCUGUAACUGGGUUGGAAGCUGAUAUUCAGACAUUUGGAUCCUUAAAGACGGUUCUCACGUCAGGUUGGCUACGGGAUGAGAACUCCUUCCAACAGCCCGACAAGGUGGUUCCGGCGGCGAGUCCAAUAACCAACGCGGGCAAGCAGAUGGGUGUUGUUCUGAACUCAUACUCCCUGACCUCAUUUGAUCUCCUCUUGGAUUCGGACCAGUCGGUGCCUCCAGUCUCAGUGUCGAGCCUCCAUUCCAGCGUGUGAUUAGUGUCAGAUAUGCGUGCCCACGAUACUCAAUACCGAUACGGGUCCCCCAAGGCUUCAAUAGAAAAAUACGAUAUACGUAAAUUAUGAAGUACAGCUGAUUAUGUAUAUGGAUCGUUGUAUACGAAAGUUAACAAACAUGAUUUCCAUAGCCAAACAAGCUUUAAAGAUUAUCCAA